GGGUAUACUGGUAACUUGGUAAGUGGAAGUGGUAUUAAUAGGCAGUUAGGCGAUAGACUUAGGCGCUGUUAGAGUUUGAAAAAAUGGUAUUGGAAUAGAGAAUUCCGAAAUUGUGCAAAAUUAUACUAAAAAAUAGUUAGUUCAACAAUCUAAUUGGCGACAUUGUUUCAAACGUAAUUACAAUAAUUUAUGUUUUUCUGAUUGUGAUAUAGUUUAAGUAUUGACUUAUUCUCCUAGUCGGAUUGUGUAUGUAAAUUUGUUGCGGGUUAACUGAAAUUAAAGCUGAAAUAAAAAAAUGGAUUUUAAAAUGCAUGAAUACACUCAUGCAGUAGUCGGAAAAGUUGUUCCUGCUCUUCGCAUCACUGAUCGAGCAGAUCUGAAUGAUGCGAGGCGUCAAUACGAUUAUUAUUUGAGAUUACUUAAGGAGUUGAACCUAGAACUGAUCGAAAUAGAGACUGAUGCUUUUUUCCCUGAAAACAUCGUAAUAGAAGAUUUAGCUAUCGUCUGCCAUGGCAUCGUGCUGAUACCGAGGCCUAUAUCAAGCACUGAAGAAAUUAUUAUGGCAGCCUUAAAAGAAGUGUUGCAGAAGGAUCUUGGACACGACAUUAUUGAAGUUACUGAUCCCGAAGCGAAACUUGCUGGUUCCGAUGUUUUGUUCACAGGAAGAGAAUUCUUUGUGGGUAUAUCAGAUACCAGUAAUGAGGCAGGCGCUAGUGCAGUUGCGGAAGCCUUCCCUGAAUUUCCUUGCACACCUAUUAAGGUCGCUAAAGGUGUGAGACAUAUAAAGAGAUACUUCAGUAUGGCUGGUCCGGACAUCCUCUGUGUGGCUUCAAGUAAGGAAGCACAAGAAAUGCUAAAGAGGAUCGAAAGAGAGGCGACAUUCACUUAUCAGACCCUUACGGUACCAGAGAAUGGUGCAGCCAACUGCUUAUAUGUUAAUGGUACUCUUAUUCACCGUGCUAUAGAAGAAAUACCGGAGUCUUUCAAGGUAUUUUGUGAGAGAAUAGACUUUGCGAGGCGAUCCAUAUGUUUCUCUGAACUGGCUAAAGUCUCAACUGGUUUGACUGCUUGCUGUCUUCUGGUGAGGAAACCCUAAAUAUUAACCAAAUCUUAAUUUUGAAGAUAUGUUCUUGAUGGGAUACAAAACUGUAUUAAAAAUAAU